AGGUUGAUUUCUGUAUUACAAAAACAAUUUACAUUCGCCUGUUAUUACAAGUGCAGAGACUCCUGUAAUUACAAGAUGUUUACUGUCUAUUAAAGGGAAACAAAACCCAUUCCUUACAUUUUUCAGAUAGAACAUAACAUUUUAUACACUUUGCUUCAUUCUCUUGGUAUAUUUUGUUCAAGUAGCAGCAAUGCACUACUGGGAGCUAGCUGAGCACAGAGCCAAUAUAAAGACAUGUGCAGCCACCAAUCAGCAGGUAGCUCUCAGUACUGCAUUACUGCUCCUGAGCCUACCUAAGUAUGCUUUUCAACAAAGGAUACAAAGAGACAAAAGCGAAUUAGGUAAUAGAAACAAAUUGGAAAGUUGUUUAAAGUUGUAUAUUCUGUCUGAAUCAUGAAAGAUAACACAUUGGGUUUCAUGUUCCUUUAAUCUAAAAAAGAGGGAAAGUACCACAGUUUUGUUAUCUGGUGUUAUUGUCUGUCUGGGAAAUGCACAAACUGUUUAUGGUUAUAAACACUAGAUCAUGUGAUAUGUAAACGCUAGAUCAUGUGAUAUAAACACUAGAUCGUGUGAUAUAAACGCUACAUCAUGUGAUAUAAACUCUAGAUUGUGUGAUAUAAAUCUAGAUCAUGUGAUAUUAACACUAGAUCAUGUGAUAUAAAUGCUAGAUCAUGUGAUAUAAACGCUACAUCAUGUGAUAUAAACGCUACACCAUGUGAUAUGAAAACUGAAUCUGCUUUAUUUGUACAGAUGAAGAUAACUCUGAUAUAGUGAAAUUUGAGAUAACAGAAGAUAUGUUUACGUGUGAUCAGGUGAAGACUGAGGAGGAUGAAGUUCCUAUAACUACGUCUACAGGUGAAUUCACAAACUGCAAUGAUCCUAGCCGUUAUAAUGAGAGUGCAGAAGUUUAUUUAAAUCUUCAAAAUCAAAGAAACCAAGUUGGAAAUAUAUGUUCUGAAUGUGGGAAAUGUUAUAUUCAGAAAUCACAUCUUAUUAGUCACCAGAAAAUUCAUACAGGUGAAAAAGCAUUUCCAUGUUCUGAAUGUGGGAAAUGUUUUACACAGAAAAGAAGUCUUGUUACUCAUCAGAAAAUUCAUGAAGAAAGAAAAGGAUUUUCAUGUUCUGUAUGUGGGAAAUUUUUUACUAUAAAAUCAGAUUUUUUUGUCCAUCUGGAAAUUCAUACAGGGGAGAAGGCAUUUUCAUGUUCUGACUGUGGGAAACGUUUUAGUCGUAAAAAAAAUCUUAAGAAGCAUCAGAAAAUUCAUACAGGGGAAAAAGCAUUUUCAUGUUCCGACUGUGGGAAACGUUUUAGUUGUAAAAGAAAUCUUAUUAUGCAUCAGCUAACUCAUACAGGGGAGAAAGCAUUUUCAUGUUCUGACUGCGGGAAAUGUUUUAAUCGGAAAUCAAAUCUUAUUAUGCAUCAGAAAAUUCAUAUCGGGGAGAAAGGAUAUUCAUGUUCUGACUGUGGGAAAUGUUUCACUUGGAAAUCAACUCUUACUAAUCAUCAGAAGAUUCAUACAGGAGAGAAAGCCUUUGCAUGUACUGACUGUGGGAAAUGUUUUACUCGGAAAUCAACUCUUAUUGGCCAUCAGAAAAUUCAUACAGGAGAGAAAGAAUUUUCCUGUUCUGACUGUGGAAAAUGUUUUACUCUGAAAUCGACUCUAAUUGGCCAUCAGAAAAUUCAUACAGGAGAGAAAGCAUAUUCAUGUUCUAAAUGUGGGAAAUGUUUUACUCUGAGAUCGACUCUUGUUAAGCACCAGAAAACUCAUAAUAAAGGAAAUCCUGGAAUUAUCAUCCACACAAUACCUAGUGCUGAUGAUGACUACAUGUGAUCCCCUGGGGGGGGGGUGCAGUUUUGGAGCUGUUUAAGACCCCUUCUGCACCUCAAGCAUUUAAAAGUGUUCCUAUAUAGGUUUGAAUAGCCAAGUGAUUACCUGGAGCCCCUUUGUAUUUAAGUUAUAAAUAUAACAAAAAGCCCUUAUUUAUAUAAUGAAAUUUAGAUACUGUUGAGGGCAUUAUAGUUAGGUGAUCACUGAGGUGUACAGGGUAAGCCCUUACAAUAUCAAAAAUACAAGAGGGCUCCAAAAGCACGUGUCUAGAAUAGGAUAUCCCCCUAGCUACAUAAAAUGCAUUGUGGUGAGAAAAAAAAAAUCAUUCAAUUGCCAAUUUCUAUAGAAAAGCAUUGUUUUAUUUUCCAACAACCUUGUUUAUUAAAAUUGUAAUAAAAUAUAAAUUUUU